CCCGGCGAGGGGGAAGGCGCCUGGAAAACGUUCUUCUUCUCCCUGGCCGGCCCGAGCGGGGAGCAGCACUCCCAGGAUGCAGUUUGUGUCAACACGGCCGCAGCCUCAGCAGCUGGGCAUCCAGGGCUUGGGGCUGGACAGCGGGAGCUGGAGCUGGGCCCAGGCUCUGCCCCCGGAGGAGGUCUGCCACCAGGAGCCGGCGCUGCGCGGGGAAAUGGCCGAGGGAAUGCCGCCCAUGCAGGCUCAAGAAUGGGACAUGGAUGCCCGGCGACCAAUGCCCUUUCAGUUCCCACCCUUCCCAGAUAGGGCCCCGGUCUUCCCUGACCGCAUGAUGCGAGAGCCCCAGUUGCCCACAGCAGAGAUCUCACUCUGGACCGUGGUGGCCGCCAUUCAGGCUGUGGAGAGGAAGGUGGACGCCCAAGCCAGCCAACUACUGAACCUUGAGGGACGCACGGGGACAGCCGAGAAGAAGCUGGCCGACUGUGAGAAGACGGCCGUGGAGUUUGGCAAUCACAUGGAGAGCAAGUGGGCCGUGCUGGGCACGCUGCUGCAGGAGUACGGGCUGCUGCAGCGGCGCCUGGAGAACCUGGAGAACCUGCUGCGCAACAGGAACUUCUGGGUACUGCGGCUGCCCCCAGGCAGCAAGGGGGAAGCCCCCAAGGUUCCUGUGACCUUUGUGGAUAUUGCUGUUUAUUUCUCUGAGGAUGAGUGGAAGAACUUGGAUGAAUGGCAGAAGGAGCUUUACAACAACCUCGUGAAGGAAAACUACAAAACCCUGAUGUCCCUCGAUUCUGAGAAUUCGGUGCCCAAGCCCGAUGCCCCGGCCCAGGUAGAGCCCCGGGAAGAACCUUGUGUGUGGGAACAACGUCACCCUGAGGAGAGAGAAGUCCCAGUGGAUCCAAACACAGGAGCAGAGCCCCUGGUGCCUGCACAGGAUGUGUCCUCCCAGGUGAAGCGAGAGGAAGCCAUGUGUGUCCGGGGCCAGCGGGGCCUGGAGGAGAGAGCCAUCCCCACGGAAUCCAUCACCGACUCCCCGAUAUCUGCCCAGGAACUCUUAUCCCGGAUUAAGCAAGAGGAGCACCAGUGCGUAUGGGAUCAGCAAGAUUUGGCCGAGAGAGACAUCCCUACAGACCCCAAUUCAGAGUCUCUCAUCUCAGCACAUGACAUUUUAUCCUGGAUCAAGCAGGAAGAGCAGCCGUACCCUUGGGGCCCCCGCGACUCCGUGGAAGGCGAGCUUGGAUUGGACUCUGGCCCCACUGACAGCCUACUGCUGGUGAAGAACCCGCCCCAGGCCCCGCAGCAGCCACAGCCGCAGCCCCAGGCCCAGGCCCAGGCCCAGCCACAGACCCAGCCGCAGCCCCAUCAGCAGAGCCUGCCCCCACUCCCUGUGGCCGAGAACCCCGGGGGCCCUCCGAACCGCGGACUGUUGGACGAAGACUUCCAGCCAUACCAAGGAGCGGCCCUACGAGUGCGCGGAAUGCGAGAAGAGCUUCAACUGCCAUUCGGGCCUCAUCCGCCACCAAAUGACGCACCGCGGCGAGCGGCCCUACAAGUGCUCCGAGUGCGAGAAGACCUACAGCCGCAAGGAGCACCUGCAGAACCACCAGCGGCUGCACACGGGCGAGCGGCCCUUCCAGUGCGCGCUGUGCGGCAAGAGCUUCAUCCGCAAGCAGAACCUGCUGAAGCACCAGCGCAUCCACACUGGCGAGCGGCCCUACACUUGCGGCGAGUGCGGCAAGAGCUUCCGCUACAAAGAGUCGCUCAAGGACCACCUGCGUGUGCACAGCGGCGGCCCAGGCCUCGGGGCCCCUCGGCCUCAGCAGGCGCCUCCCGAGCGAGACUAGGGCUGGGCUGGGGGGAGAGGGGCGGACUGGAGCCAGGGCAUGACCGGCCCUUGGGUAUCCUGGGGACCCACCAACCUGCCCCGUGGCUCCUGGUGCACCUUCCUGCCCUCUACCCUCCACCUGCCCGAAAUUGGACACAGAAAUUACACUCCAGACAGGGUCCCCAAAGGAUUGGAUGGGGUCACCCCCCGAUCUGUCCAGCCUGAGUGGACAGCCCAGCUCAUCUCAGAGGGUGGACCAAGCUGCCCGGGGAAGGUGCCAGAAGAAUACAGGGGCGGUGGUCCUCGUGCACCCUCCUCGUGCCACCCAGUAUGCUCCGUGGCCGCUGGGGCUGCCCGUUGUGGGCAGGGAAAUGGCCCAGAGCCUGAGGAAGUAAGCCCUUAGGCCUAGGAGGCACCCUGAG